AUGGCAUCUCUGGGCUUACUUGUCAUAUGUAUCUUCAGUUUAUUUUACAUAGAUACAGUGCACGGUGCAGGCUACCUGUCUAAAAGGCCGCAGUCCAUGCAGAUGUGUUAUUAUGAAGAACUUAAAGACGCUCAUUUCAGCUAUAAUAGAAGUGAUUCCAAUUGUGAAAGACCAGAAAAUUGGUGCAGAAUACACGAAUGUUGGACAACAUGUGGCUCAACAAGACGGCAGUCUCCUAUUAACCUUAACACGAGGAAGGCCGAGUCUCGCAAAUACCUGAGAUUUGCUCUGAAGCAUCUUAGUAAAAGAGUACCAGCCACAACCUUCAAUAACGGUCAUGCACCGGACUUUAAUGUCAUUGUGGACAAGUCUGACAACGACAACAAUAUCAUUUUAACCAACGUGCCUGGUCGACCUGCUCACAAGAAGUACAUCUUUGCACAACUGCACGUUCAUCUUGGCAGAAAGACGAAGAAAGGUUCUGAACAUUCGAUCGACAACAAGUUUUAUCCUAUGGAGGCUCAUAUGGUAUUUUAUGACAGCAUAUAUCCAGACAUAAAAUAUGCAAAGCCCGCAAGAGAUGGAUUGGUGGUCAUCGGGGUUAUGUUAAAGGUGAAAAAAGAUGAUGAUGAUGACGACGAAAGUGACGAGGAGGAGGAAGAAAGUGACGAAGGCGAUGUUGAUAAUACUGACACAGACUAUGAUGACCAGUAUGACGGCUGGGAUAACAUUGAAUAUGGAAAUGAAUAUAAUGAGGAAAAUGAAGAGGAAUAUGGUGGUGAUGCUGAAAAGGAAUAUGGUGGCGAGGUUGAAAAGGAAUAUGGUGGCGAGGUUGAGCACGAUUAUGAUGGGGAGGAUAGAAGAAAGAGACGGGAUACUCAUAAGCACUCAUACAGAAGGAUCUGCUCACGGGGACACUACAGAGACUACGUACAACAAUAUAUUAGACAGUGCUACCGAGGGCGUGAGCGUUGCAAAGUGCGGUUUGCAAAAACGCUGAGUGACAUAAUGGAGAAAUACUACAAGAAGGUGCAGAAGCAUGAACCUUCACAUGAACCUGAACCCAAGCCUACCUACAAGUACCUACGAUGUGGACAGCGACCAUCUGAAGAAACCAUUCAAGAUAAGUGUAUUCCGAAAAAUGGGGAAAGGCACCAUGAUGUCCAAGUAGAAUGUGGAAUAUCGCCCAUAGAUGUCUUACCAUAUGACCAAAGAUUCUACACGUACAAGGGAUCUUUGACCACACCUCCUUGUUACGAAACUGUUCAGUGGAUAGUAUUUAAAUGCCCAAUCAGGGUUACUCGUAAAGCAUUUAAAGCAUUACAGGAGGUGGAGGACUCACACUUUGAACCUCUUCGAAUUCUCGGAGUUCGAAGACCUUUACAGCAAAAUCGAUGCGACGUGCUUAAAAACUUUUGAAGAUCUCUAAAGGGUGUACCACAGAAUGACAUUGAAGUGGAACAUUUGUCUUCUUUUACGGACUUAACACAAUCCUUUUAAUACAUUAUGUUUGUGUUGGUUGAACAUAUGGAAUCACUGACAUUAAUAAUUUC